CUAAAUGGUAAAUGGUAAAUGGUAGAUGGUAGUUGGUAGAUGGUCUGGUAAACCCACCCAUCCUUUGCCAGGAAAAACUUUUAUUUUUCUGCCUUCAAGGCGAAAGACAAAAGGGGGAGCAAUUACUAUUUUGGAGGCAAAAACUUUUUGGCCGACGUCGAUUCUGUUUUUUUCACUCUCCACAAAAUGCGCAACAAUAUAUACAUUCGAGCCAAAAAAUUGCACACAUAACAGGCCAACAUUUGGCUGCCGUGACUUAUUCGCGUUUCUGCAACGGACGCGGCAGGUUCCUCUAUCCGGGACUAGUUACUCCAAGUUACGACUUCCAAGUUCCAAGUUCCUAGUCAAAAUAACAAGCAAAGUUUUCUCGCUUUCUGUUAAGACGCAUUUUAAUUAUCCGGCCGUGGUAUGUCCACCGAUGAGGAUUCUUUGGGCAGUCCCCUUAAGCGGGCCACGCCCACACCACCACCGGGCGAAAAGGAGCGGGAACGGCCAAGGGGCGGAAGGGCGGCGGAGCAUUUGCGGCAUCAGAAGAGCUUCGAGGCCAGGUACAGCGGCAUCAUCCAGAAGCAGAUCUGGGAGACGAGCAUCAACAAGGAUGUCCUGGAGCGGCAAAUGAAUGCCUACUUUCCCUUCUCCCGAAGUGCAUCGCUCUCGAAGGAAGGUGGCUCUGGAGGAUUCGAUCAGCUCCUUCCCUCUGCGGCGAGCGGCAGUCUGCUGAAGUCCCGUUCGGUGGGCACCACGCCCACCAGACGGCAAGGAGCCUGCCUGGAUAAGCUGGACACUGUGGAUGUGGCCAUGACAGACAUAUCAUCUCUGGGAAAAUAGAGUCUCCUUAAAUAAGGACGCUUCUGUAUCCGAAGGAUAAAGCAGAUUUAUUCAUUGUGAUGUCCGUAAGGUUGAGAGUGAAUUUUAAACAUUUUUAAAUUUUUAGAUUAAGCUAGGAUAGGUUUAAAAUUUGUCUAUUUAUUGUUUAACUAGUUUUUUGAUCAAUUUUGAUUGGAAAAAGUCUCAUUCAUUUUAAACUAUUAUUUUUGUAAGAAUAUUAACUCAUUUUCUUCUUAGUAAACCUUUAAUUUUAAUCUCUAAAAGUUAUAAUAUAAUAUCUAUUAAGAAUGUUCUAUAGUUUAUUUUUAUUAAGCUUAAAAAUUUUGUAAUAUCCGUUUCUUAAAAGAAAGUGUCCAAAGAAAGCCUUUAUAUAUCAACAAAAACAUUUAAAAAAUCCUCUUAAACAAACGUAUCAUAAAAACUAACCAAAACAUACAAUUUACAACCUUCAGUGUCUAUUUUAAAUAUACAUCUAUUUGUAUAAGUAUUACUAAACAUGUAAGCCCCAAUCUCUGUUCCAAAUUAAACAAUCCAACACCAUAAAGAUUUAUCCAAAGCACCCAACAAUCAAAUCUGCAUAGUUCGGUGUCCAUGUAAGAACACCCAAUAAAAUGGCCAUAGAGCCAGGACUGGGGAUGUUUCCAGGAUCAAAGCUAAGCCCUAUUUAAGCUACUAUUAUUCAAUCUUCCUCAAUAAAACAAAAGCUUAUUGCAUAUUCAAUUGAGUUUGGAAUCGAGUCAGGGAACGGAUAAGGCCAUGACCCAUAUAAAUAAAUCUCCGCAGGAUCCCUGGUUAAAUCUAAUUUAUGGGAAUAUUA